GUUUGAGCCACAAGUCAUAGAAAACCGCAACUUGAUUCGGUGUGGGCAUUGAGGAACACACUCUUUGGCAACCCCCUUUCUGCCUUCCCCUCUCUCUCACUCCUUUUCCCCUCACUUGGAUGCUACGUUGUACGUAGUAGUAGACACUGCAAAAACCCUCCCUCCUGAUAGCUAACGGCCCCUCCCCUCCCAUCCCCCCACCUCUUGGUCUUUUGACUCUCCCGCCACUCUCCAGACUUUAGACGGCUACACUGACAGACGUGACUACUAGUUUGAAUUGGGACUACGUUUGAGAAGGAAGACAUCUUGAAGUUUGCUAAGGAUUUACGUCUGCUACAACUCUGUUCUGAAUUAUUCAUCUGAAGGCAGCUUCACCCAAUUUUUUCAAAGCAUAUACGAACUGCGAAUCAAGGAUGGGUAAGCACAUCCUACCAUGGGUCCUGCUCAUCGUGGCAAUAGUGGUUCGUCUCAUUCUCGCUGCUCCUUCGACCUCCUCAGACGUCAACGAAAUUAAUGCUGUUCGAGACCCAUCGGCUGACUACCGCUUAUCGUACUCGAUAUUCGACUCGGUGGACACCCGAAGCUGCCGAAAGAAAUGUCACAGGAGGGACCACCUGAACAGAUGUCGACUCAACUUCUCCUGCCUUCUGCGAGGAUAAA